AUGUCUGGAUCAGAAUCGGACCCAGAUUUAGCUUUGGAGCGUUACGAUUUAGAGGACGUUCUAAAUGCGUACGGGUCUCCAGUUUGUAUAUCGCAAAGAGAAGAACUAACCGGUGUCGAAGCCGCAGCGAUUGAACCCUUGAAUGAACCACCUUUGGCCGCCGACGAUGAUAGAACACAGGUUAGUUUACCUUAUUUUCACCAGCUGUUUCAGUAACAAAUAACUGUAUACUUGGAGUCUUGUAUUUACGCAACAAAUUCCUGUUAAUUUCAGUGGUGUAGCUGCAAAAAUAAGUGUAGCAAGCGAAGCGGCAGAAAGAAGCGAGGUUGCCCAUGCCGAGAUGAAGGUGCCAAAUGGACAGAAAGAUGUUCAUGUGGAACUAAAACGGCUAAUUGCAAAAACAAGCCACAGCAACAGGGAACAGUUGCCUCCGCAAAUGCAGGAUAAAACGCAUUUAGACGUCACGAGAUCGCAGUCAACGAAGCAAAAAAAUAGAUUACGGUGA